CAGUUAUAAAGAGGCUGACCCAGCAGAGAGUGGAGGGGAAUCACAAGGUGCAGGAAAACAGCAGCACUGGACCAGACUGGGUGUCUGCUUGACUCACCACGACCUGCUCUGCACCAUGGGGAAGGACAGGCUGCCCAGCAAACCAAACAUCUUUCUCCUUCUCCUCUUUUUCCUUCCUGGAAAUACCUCUCCCACCACAGAACCGCAGUAUAUGGUGCUACUCCCCUUUCUCAUACACACCGAUUCUCCUGAGAAGGUCUGUGUUCAGCUGACCCACCUGAAUGAGUCUGUGACGCUGAGUGCCACACUCGAGUAUCAAGGGGAAAACAGGAGCUUGAUUGAUGAUGUGGUGUCGGAGAAGGACGUGUUCACCUGCAUCCCUUUCUCUCUUCCAAAAUCCAAUAGCACAUCAGUGGCAUUUCUCACUGUGAUGGUGAAGGGGGCGACACUGCAGUUCAGGAGCCGCAAGUCAGUGCUGGUCAAGAAUUCUGAGAGCUUGGUCUUCGUCCAGACAGACAAACCCAUCUACAAGCCCGGACAGACAGUUCUGUUUCGGAUCAUCUCUCUGGACAAAGACUUCUACCCACUGAAUGAGAAGUUUCCAUUUGUAUAUGUUCAGGAUCCCCAGAGGAAUCGUGUGUACCAAUGGCAAGAGGUUGAACUAGAGACCGGCUUUACGCAACUCUCCUUCCCCCUCACCUCAGACCCCAUGCAAGGCUCCUACAAAAUAGUUGUGCAGAAGAGCUUCUCAUCCCAUGUGGAGCACCCCUUCAGCGUGGAGGAAUAUGUGCUGCCCAAGUACGAGGUCCUGGUGAAGCUGCCCAAGAUGAUCACCAUUAAGGACAUGGAGCUUCCAGUGUCUGUCUGCGGUCUGUACACCUAUGGGAAACCUGUUCCUGGUUUGGUGAAUGUCCAAGUGUGCCGGAAAUUUUCCCAUUCUGCUUCAAAUUGUUAUGGAAAAGAAGCAGAAGCUGUGUGUGAAGAAUUCACUAGGCAGGCAGACGCUCGUGGGUGUGUUUCUAGUGUAGUAAGGACGAAGAUAUUUCAGCUCCAGCGCAGGGGAUAUGAGAUGAGCAUUGAGGUACGAGGCAAGAUCACAGAAGAUGGCACAGGAAUAGAGAUGACUGGAACAGGCUCCUGUGGAAUCACAUCCAUCAUGAGCAAAAUCAGCUUUGACCUGCUGGACUCUCAGUACAGACCAGGGAUCCCACUCUUUGGGAGGGUGAAGCUGGUAGAUGGCACUGAUGCUCCAAUCGCCAAUGAAACCAUCAUGAUUUCUGUGGAUGGCGACAGAUACAAAGGGAAUUACACUACAGAUGAGCAGGGACAAUCCUGGUUUUCCAUAGACACUACCACCUUCACACAAGCCUCCCUGGAAAUCCAAGCUGAUCAUAAACCUGAACUGAACUGUUAUGACAGCGACUGGAUCACACCAUCAUAUGAGAAUGCCAUGCGUAGAAUAAGUCGGUUUUACUCUCCCAGUAAGAGUUUCCUCAAAAUUGAACCAAAGCCUGAGACAUUGAGUUGUGGCUCCCCCACAGAGAUCCAGGUGCACUAUAUCUUCACACCAGAGGCCAUAGGAGAGCAGAAGAAAAUUGUCAUUUACUAUUUGGUGAUGGCCAAGGGAGGCAUUAUAUUAGCAGACACCCAUGAUCUGACUGUGAAUCCUGGAGAUGCUUAUGGGACAUUUCAGUUGACCUUCCCUGUUGAGGCGGCAAUUGCUCCCCUGGCACGGAUGCUUGUGUAUACCACUUCACCCAGUGGGGAAGUCAUGGCCAGUUCAGCAGAUUUCCAGGUUGAAAAUUGCCUCCCCAAUAAAGUCAGACUGAGUUUUGUACCCAAGGAAGGUCUUCCUGCCUCCAACACACGCCUGCAACUCCAUACCUCACCAAGGUCCCUGUGUGCCCUCCGUGCUGUGGACAAGAGCGUUCUCCUCAUGAAGCCUGAAGAUGAACUCUCUCCCAGCUCUGUGUAUGAUCUUCUCCCACUGAAGGAAAUCCGGGGUUAUAACUUCAGGGACUACUACCUGGAAGAAGACAAUGUAAACCCUUGUGUGUCACUGGACAACAUAUUAGUAAAUGGAUUUGUCUACAUACCCGUUUCUCCUGAUGGUGAAGGUGAUGCCUAUGACAUUCUCAAAGAAUUGGGCUUAAAAGUCUUCACUAGCAGCAAGAUCCAUAAGCCUGAAAUCUGCCAGCAUUACCCAGUACACAUGAUGGAAAGGAGUUACAGUAAUCUGGAUUAUGAAAUAACGGAACAUACGGUUGCUGGCAAUCCUGUGGAGACCGUCCGGAAGUACUUCCCUGAGACAUGGAUCUGGGACAUAGUUUCAGUGAACUCUGAGGGAAAUGCUGAUCUAGACGUGACCAUCCCUGACACCAUCACCGAGUGGAAGGCCAAUGCGUUCUGCACUUCGGCAGACACGGGCUUUGGCCUGUCCCCGACAGUGUCCCUCAGAGCCUUCCAGCCCUUCUUUGUAGAGCUCACCCUGCCCUACUCUGUGGUGCGUGGUGAGUCCUUCACGCUGAAGGCCACUGUUUUCAACUACCUGAACGCCUGCAUCAGGGUCAGCGUGUCUCUGGCUGAAUCUACUCAUUUCCUCGCUACACCAGUAGAGGAGCAGGAAGAAUCCUACUGCGUCUGCAUGAAUGAAAGGAAAACUGUGGCUUGGACAGUAACACCAAGAUCUCUAGGGCAAGUGGAGUUCUCCGUGAGCACUGAGGCCCUGCAGAACCAGCAGCCCUGCGGGAACGCCAUCGUGGAGACCCCUGAGAAAGGGCAGAAGGACACGGUCAUCAGACAGCUGCUGGUGGAGCCGGAAGGGACUGAGGUGGAAACUACCUACAACUCUGUGCUCUGUGCAUCUGAAAAGUCAAUGUCAGUGCCAUUCUCCCUGGUUCUCCCAGAGACUGUGGUGGAUGGCUCAGCCAGAGCGUAUUUCUCAGUGCUAGGCGACAUCAUGGGCACUGCCAUGCAGAACUUGCACCAGCUCCUCCAGAUGCCAUUCGGCUGUGGGGAGCAGAACAUGGUCCUGUUUGCCCCCAACAUCUACGUCCUGGACUAUCUGAACAAGACAGGGCAGCUGAGUGAGGAGGUCAAAUCCAAGGCCAUCGGAUACUUAGUGAGCGGGUAUCAGAGGCAAUUGAACUACAAACACUGGGAUGGUUCUUAUAGCACCUUUGGGCCCCGUUAUGGGCAAGUUGGGAAUACCUGGCUCACAGCCUUUGUCCUCAAGUCCUUUGCCCAGGCUCGGCCUUACAUCUUCAUAGAUGAGAAGCACAUCCAGGAUGCUUUGGUCUGGCUCACUCAAAAGCAGAAGGAGAACGGCUGUUUCCGCAGUUCUGGGACACUCCUGAACAAUGCCAUGAAGGGUGGAGUGGAUGACGAAAUCACGCUGACAGCCUACAUCACUAUUGCAUUGCUGGAGAUUCCUCUGCCUGUAACCCACUCAGUGGUGCGUAACGCUCUAUUCUGCCUGGAGACAGCAGCAGAGAAAGAAAACCACGUGUACACCAAGGCACUGAUGGCGUACGCCUUCGCCCUGGCAGGGAAGGAGGACAAGCGGAAGGCAUUGCUUGGCUCCCUUGGAAAGGAAGCCGUGAGAAAGGAUGGGUCCGUUCAUUGGCAGCGGCCUGGGAAAGAGCCAGAGGUUGAUCUCCCGUACUAUCGCUACCGAGCUCCCUCUGCUGAAGUGGAGAUGACGGCCUACGUGCUCCUUGCUCACCUCACCACGCAGCCGGCACCUUCCCAGGAGGAGCUGUCAUUUGCGUCUCUUAUUGCAAAGUGGAUCAGCGGUCAGCAGAAUCCCAACGGAGGCUUCUCCUCCACCCAGACAACCCGGCUGCUGCUCCAGCGCGUGCCCCUGCCCCAGGUGCCAGGGGAGUACAGCACAGAGGUGUCUGGCGAAGGAUGCGUCUACCUGCAGACAAGCCUGAGGUACAACGUGCAGCCCACGCAGGAGGAUGCACCCUUCAUGCUCCAUGUCUACACGAUCCCAGAGACAUGUGAGGACUCCAAGGCUCACAAGGUCUUUGACGUAGGCGUAAAUGUCAGUUACACUGGGGAGCGCAAUGGCUCCAACAUGGUGAUUGUUGAUGUGAAGAUGCUGUCAGGAUUCAUCCCCGUGAAGUCCUCCGUGAGGAAGCUCUCAAGCGCCUGGUUUCACCAGAUCCAACGGACAGAAGUGAGCACAAACCAUGUUCUGCUGUACAUAGAGCAGCUGACUAGACAGCCUCACACCUACACAUUGCUGGUGCAGCAGGACAUGCAAGUGAAGGACCAUAAGCCAGCUAAUAUCAAGGUCUAUGAUUACUACAUGCCAGAAGAAACUACAGUGAUGAGCUACAGUGCCCCGUGCGAGUGA